AUGACACUCAAAGUAUUCCUCACCGGUGCUUCAGGCUAUAUCGGCGGAGAAGUGUUGAAUCAGAUCUCACGCCUUGAUGCGUCACACCAUGUCAGGUGUCUUGUGAGAGACAAAGGCAAGGGCGCUGCUAUCAAGGAGACAUACCAAAAAGUCGAGGUAGUCGAAGGAGAUCUCGAUGAUGCUAGCUUGAUAGAAAGCGAAGCAAAGGCUGCCGAUGUCGUUCUGCACCUCGCCAGUACGCGACAUGAAGUCAGUACGCGUGCAAUUGUUAAAGGAUUGAAUGAUACAGGCCGCCAAAAAGCAGGUUACUGGUUGCAGAUCAGUGGUGCAUCCAUGUUUGCUGGACCCCAGAUGAAAGCCGGGACAUAUGGUGAGGCCGAAGGAAAGACUUAUGAUGACAUUGCCGAUGUCGAGGAGAUUAGAGCCGUGAUCCGAGCAAGCCCAGGUCGGAUAGUUGACAAUCUGGUUCUUGACCAGGAUCAGGAGCAGGUCAAAACAGCCCUUGUACCAGGUCCAAUCAUAUACGGCAAAGGCAGGGGACCAGGCAAUACCCGUACCGUGCAAGGGCCAGCAAUUGCUGAAUACACCAUAAAGAACGGCGAGAGCUUCCAGGUUGGCAAAGGCGAGAACGUUUGGAGCACAAUCCACGUCGCCGAUAUUGCCAAGCUUUUCGUCUCCCUCUUAAGUGCUGCAGCUGAUGGAAAGAAUGAUGUGUGGAAUGAGGAUAGGAUCUUCCUUCCAGAGAAUGGUCAAAUUGCUUUCGGUAAAUUCGCUCGACUUAUUUCCAAAGCAGCUCGUGACCAGGACCUGAUCAAAUCAGACAACAUCAAAUCUUUGUCGGGUAAAGAAAUCGAUCAGGUUGUGCCUCACGGAUCGAUAAUCCUCGGAACUAAUGCAAAGCUCAGUUCCUCUAGAGCUCAGAAAUAUCUGGAUUGGAAGCCGACAGAGGUAUCGCUAGAGGAGGACAUUCCUCGCAUGGUUGCAGAAGAAGCCGAGAGGCUGCGAGAUGGGAACAAGAGCACUUCAUGA